UAUAAUUUUCUUUUGCUCUCUCUAGAUCUUAGGUGGAAUAAUCCUCGUACAUAACCAAUAGCUAUUAGAGAUGACCCAAAUCCUCAUAUCACCAUUCAUUACUACAAACUAGUUAUUUUCUCUCUUUCUUUCUUAUUUCUUGGACCUUUUUCUCUUUCUACUUUUCUGGCUAAUUUGAUCUCAAGUGAAGAUUAGAGCAUGCUUGGAUGUCCAAAGAAAGAGAGAGAUUCGAUGAGAUAGCGAAGAAGAUAAAGAGAGAGACAGAUGUAUCAUCAAAUAUUCCUCCACAACAAAUUAUGGGGAGAAGACACUCAUUGCAGGGUCCUCCUGGAGCUCUCAACACCAUUACUCCAUGCGCAGCCUGCAAACUUUUAAGACGAAGAUGUGCUCAAGAGUGUCCCUUCUCCCCAUACUUCUCUCCCCAUGAGCCUCAUAAAUUUGCCUCAGUCCACAAGGUUUUUGGCGCAAGCAACGUCUCGAAGAUGCUCAUGGAAGUUUCCGACAAUCAAAGAGCGGAUGCCGCAAACAGCUUAGUUUAUGAAGCUAAUGUGAGGUUAAGAGAUCCUGUUUAUGGUUGUAUGGGUGCCAUUUCAGCCCUACAACACCAGAUUCAAUCCUUACAAGCUGAGCUCAAUGCUGUGAGAGCUGAGAUCUUAAGACACAAAUUUAGAGAAGCUAAUAAUAUCAUUCACUCUUCUCCUCAACAACAACAUGUGCCUUUUCUUUCUUCUUCUUCUACGGUGGUUGUUUCGGUUGCCCUGCCACCACCGCCUCCGCCUCCACCGCUACCUCCGCCGCAUCAUCAUGAUGCUUCUUCUUCUUCUUCCUCUUUGUACAAUCGACGGACGGUGGCAGCUGCGGCUGAUUAUAGUACUAUUUCAAGUAAUGAAAAUGUUACCUACUUUGUUGGUACUUCUAGUACUGGUCAUCAAUUGAAUUCUUAGCAUUAUAAUUGUAGGGUUUAAAGAAACGCAAUUUUACCUGUAAUAAAAUUGAAAGAAAAGUUGGGGUGAAAUUCAAGACCCUCUUUUUUUGUAUUUUUUUCCAAAAUUACUUUAGGAAUAUUCUCGAUGGCACACAUUUUCAUGUAUUCUACCUUAGCAUCUAAUUACAAGUGAUCAAUAUUUUUUUCUUUCUUUU